UAAGUUUGUCUAUUGAUUCGUCGUUUGCCCCACCGACAAGUGAGACUUUUCACUAAAUUAAUCGUUAAUUUAAGACAAACUGAGUGAAAAUCCUACCAAAAAUAUAAUAAUUUAUAUAGAGUAUUACAUUAUAGAUUAUUCUGAUUGAAUAAUGAAUAUUUGGAAGACCUAAGUAGUGGAACAGAGCGAAGCUCCUUUGGUGUCUCAUUGGCUUUCGGACUUUUCGCACGUCCUACAAUAAACAAUCAUUAGGUUUUGUGGUGAUACUGCAUCGUGAAUCGAUCGGUUAGGUCUCAUUUUGCGGAAGUGCAGUGAAUGUGGUGCAGUGCAGUGGUCUCGGUGCUGGUCGCAAUGUAUCAGUGAAGGCGGCUGCGGUGACCGACCGGAUCCGUAGCUGGGGGUGUCAUGCUGGAGACGCGGUCGGCGCGCGCCGCAGACUCGGUGUGGGCGAACAAGCCGCUGCCGGCGCCGCACGCCAUGGCCAACACGAGGCACGGGAAAAACGCACAGGACGAUGUUUGCUACGUGGUCGCUAAGUACGACUACGCGGCCCAGGGCGCUCAGGAGCUGGACCUACGUAAGAAUGAGCGGUACCUGCUGCUCGACGACUCCAAGCACUGGUGGCGGGUGCAGAACGCGCGCAGCCAGUCGGGAUACGUGCCCAGCAACUACGUCAAGAAGGAGAAACCUUCGCUCUUUGACAGUAUUAAGAAGAAGGUGAAGAAGGGGUCGGGCUCGAAGACGUUGCCGUCGAACAGUUCGCCGGUGCGCGGCGGCGGCGAGGCGGGCGGGCGGCGCGUGGAGCCGGCGGACGCGCUGGGCACCGCCGUCGUCAAGUACAACUACCAGGCGCAGCAGCCCGACGAGCUCUCGCUCACCAAGGGCACGCGCAUACUCAUCCUCGAGAAGAGCAACGAUGGCUGGUGGCGGGGACAGUACCAGGCGCACACUGGAUGGUUUCCGUCGAACUACACUAGCGAGGAGGGGGACAAUGAGGACCCCGUGCAUACGUACGCCAUGGCGGAAAAUGUGCUCGAUAUAGUGCCGUCCCCGCAGGUGGCGCUGUACUCGUUCACGUCGAACAACGAGCAGGAGUUGUCGUUCGAGAAGGGAGACCGGCUCGAGAUCAUCGAGCGCCCGCCCUCCGACCCCGAGUGGUACCGCGCCCGGGACUCGCGCGGACAUGUCGGCCUCGUGCCCAGGAACUAUCUGCAGGAACUCGCUGACUACCUCACCACGCCAUACAGCGAGGGCGGGUCUGGCGGGUCUGGUGGGUCGGGCGGGCGGCCGGGGCCGGGCGCGGCCGCGGGGCGCGCCUGGUACUACGGCGCCAUCACGCGCACGCACUGCGACGCACUACUCAACACGCACGGACACGACGGAGACUUCCUCAUACGAGACUCGGAGACCAACGUGGGCGACUACUCGGUGUCGCUGAAGGCGCCGGGGCGCAACAAGCACUUCCGCGUGCACGUGGAGGGCAGCCUGUACUGCAUCGGGCAGCGCAAGUUCCCGACGCUGGAGCAGCUGGUGGGCCACUACCAGCGCGCGCCCAUCUACACCAACAAGGCGGGCGAGAAGCUCUACCUCGUGCGGCCGCUGCCCAAGGCCACGCAGCCCUGCUGAGCGGCCCGCGCCCCUCCCGUCAUACGUUUUGUACGCCCGUGUCCACUAUUUACUCGUUGAAACUAGUUCAGAGCUUCCGUGUAUGCAUUGUCAAUUUUGUACGAAAUUUUGUAUCCAGGCUCCGCACGCUCGAUCGGAUCCGACCGCCGUUAGUGAGGGUUUUGCACGAAAGUAGUCGAUUAAUCGAGUCGAACGGAUUCCACUGUCCGCAUCACUCAAUAGUACAACGUAGCCCCGAGGAAUCUGUUCGCGACGAACGUAUUGUACUGUGACGAUGUAACUCAGCAUUGAAGCGACGUCUAAACUUAUUACUACAAUAACAAAACCAAAAAUUGGCUUCUUUAUCUCUAUUAGUGUUUAAUAACAAUUUAUAUCAUAUUAUUUAGGUAAGUUCUAUAGUGUAAUUUUAUAAUGAGUUAUAGUUAAACUGUGUUUUACGCAUAUUAUAAUCGAUUGUGUCGCGUGCCACGUGUCCGAGGUCCGCGCGGAUAUAUUGGUGGACGCUCCGGGGCAUGUGAUGUAUAACUAAAUAUACACUGAUGCAUAUGUUGUGAUGUUUGGCUAAGUAAGAUAUAAUGUAAGUCAUGAUCAGGGAAAAUCGUGGAAUGUGUCGGGCUGAGGAGUUAUUGUAAGUGAGUGGGAAUUUUGUAAGAAUUUUAUAUCGCGCUUAACGUUUUGAGGACGGUGUUGCGGCCGACAGCCAUUUGUUACUGUACGGGUUUGUAUAGUAACACGUUAUUGUCUCCCAACUACAUUGUGAGAUAUCUAGAAUUCAAUUUCGUGAUAAACAACUUUUUUUUUUAAUAAAUUUCCAAGUCUCGAGUCUUGCAAGGACUUCAAAAGUAUUAAAACGACAUUCCUUAUUUUAUAACAUUAGCCCGGCUCCGCCUGUCUGCCGCAACAAGUCCGGUCGCGCGGCGGUCCGGAAUAUAUCGGCCGCGCGGUCGCACCAACUGUAUAAGUCUGACUAGUGGAAUCGCGUAGUCAAAUAUAUCAAUCAUAACAAUAUUCCUACGUUUUAGUCUUUACGACAACGAAUUAGGUAACACUUGGUUGGUACCACGCCAAUUUGAACUUAAUCUUUCGAGUAACACAUGACAAAAUGCAAUAAGACACAUAUUUAUCUAACUGGAAUAUUAAGAUGGUAAAUGGUUUCAAGUGUAGUCUUGACUGAGUAAUAUAACUAAACAAAAUCAGCUUUAAUACGACAACGGGUAAGUUCAAACUGGUGUGGUGGGCAUGGAAUCUCAAAGGGUUGAUUUCCACUGAGGUGACAAUCGCUAGUCAAUAUUAUACGCCGACAUCACAAUCAACUCUCACUCUUAUGUUACAGUUUUAUUUAUUUUUAUAAAACUUGGUGUGCGCAAUCUGUCCGGGUGAUGUGACUAUGACAUUGUGUGAAUUAAACUCCAGUCACAUAUUGUAUACAUCUAAUAUUUGUAUGUGAUUAGUGUAAGUAUAAAUUUUUUAUGCAAGUAGGAGCGUGUGAACUGUGGAACUAUGGAGAUGAUAAUGUGGCAGAAAAACGACGCAUUAUUGAAUAUGAUGUGCAUUACAUACAUCACACUGAGCAUACGUCGCGCCAUGCACGACAUGCACGACACACAGUCCGUGCACGCUGCCAGUAUGCAGUGGCCAGUACUGGCCGCUGAUGUACCGGCGGGCGGCGACGUCUGCCACGUAAUGCAGUGGACUGUAGCAACUGUAGAUAAUUAUGUACUCUGAUAUUUCUCGGCGAUAAUUCUAUUGUAGGUACGUGACUUGGAAUUUGUUAUAAUUAAGUGGAAUUAAGGGUUGUACGUUAUGUAUUAUAAAUUAUUUAAUUACCAUCACCCCCACACGUUGCGCGCACGAUUUGCAAUUCGAUCCACUUGUAAAAAUAACAAAGGCAGCUUGAUUGUUGUUUUAUACAAAUUAAUAAUUGUUUAAUAAUAAUAAUAUAUUAAUUUCGUAAUGUAGAUACCAAUAUUUAAAUUAAAAUGCGAAUCACAUUCAACGAUUAUUUUUAAGUUGAACCUUGACAUUCUGAGUUGUAGCUUCUGUACUGACUGUAGUGAUGUACUGUCCAGUAACGUCGACGACACUCCACACGGAAAGUAUUAACUAAAUAGCUUUUACACAGGAACAUUUAUUUUUGUAUGGACUUUUUUAUUUUACACAUUGACAGUUGAUGAUGCACCAAGUGUAGAGAAUUUUGUAUGCGAAAACUUAGCGAUAAGGUUAGGUUACAUGUAACACUGUAUGAUACGUGAUUGAGGGUGUUUUCCUCCGCUGUCUAUGGUUUCUACGCGUGUGUGAACGAUUAUUUGCAUUUAUAUUAGUAUAGUAACGCGUUACAAAUACCAUAAACAUUACUAAUCUGAGAUUAAUAUUAUAACCGAUGACGUUUUAAUGUAAAAGGGAACUGCUUUGUUUAAUUCGUGAUUAAAAUUAAUUACUAGUAUAAUAUUAAACUUACUGGUCUCAGUUGCUAAAUUCAUGCUAUUGCCAAAUUAAGUUGAAGGAAUACGGCCUUUUCACUUGAUAUUCUCUUUGGAUAAUUUGUAUGGAAAACAUCCUUGAGACGACGAUGUCUCCCGACAUUGACGAUGCACUAUUAAUUAAUUACAUGUGAUCAUUUUGAGAUAUGACUACUGUCUACACUUUGUGUACAAGAUAAGAUUAGUUUUCAUGUAUCACAUACUCUGUAUCAAAUUAUAUUUCUAGUUUAGAAAGUUGCUGCUAUUUGUUUAUGUUACAAAAUCUUCUUCUUCUCACUCCAAUAAGAUGCUAACUAGUACAGUUUCUCUGUCGUACACAGACGGUGUUUGUGUCGAAAGUCAUAUCUCAAAACGCACUGAUCGUAAGUUACUAGAUCUUUUUGAUGUAUUUAAUACGUUUUAUACUCAAUAAUGUAAUUAGAAAUAAAUGCGAGGCAAACUCAGUGUAGAGAUGUAUUAUUAAAAUCGCAAAACGUACCGCGACCGCAAGUUUUGAGUCAUUUGUUUUUUUUUGAUAAAAAUAUUGAAAUUCAUUGGCGCAUUGACCUAAUUCUAUACACAAUAUGCACCUACUUAACGGACAAAAGUAAUAACUGGUCUAAAUUUUGUGAGGUCAAAUUUCCUCCUCUAAAGUCUUCCUAGAAUGUUGCAGCAUUUAUUGGAUGCAAGCACAAAGUAGCGACAAGCACGGGAUUUACAUUUAAGAUGGUCAUAUUGAAUUGUUUCGAAAACUAGUGUCAUGAUUUGUAUGUUAAUUAAAAUGUCUAUUGACGGGCAAAUGGUAAAUGAAUUGCGAAUGAGAAAAUAUAGUGCACUAACUUUAACAAGCUUUAUAAAAUAAACAUUGCCAAACUUAGGAAGGAAUUAAAGCCGACUUUACAUUCCUGAAGCUUUUUAUAAUAACACUUGCGACGAUUAGCUUAAAAUUUAAGUAUUGGGUACUAAAGUACCGCCCUACCAGUUUCUCAAAAAUUGACUAAAUACAUUACUGUAUCUAACGUUUUAAUAGUAUCUAGGUAUAGAUUAUAGAGUGAUUCGGUUUUUUUAUUUUUAUAUUGCUCAAAGUAUAUUAUUUUAUAUUUGUAUUUGCGAACUUGUGUUUGUAAGUUUUUGUGAAUGUAUAUUAUCCGAUGUAACGAGCCAAUGUAAGUGCAGUAUGUAAUGUUUAACAAUAAUUUAUUUAUUAAUUUGCA